AUAUGACAUAGCUGUAGUGGUUGUAAAAUGGCGACUGUCGUGCUUUGGUCAAAACACAACGUAUGAAAACAAAAUAAAAACGAUAUAAAGAAAAAGUAACGCUUCAAAAGAGGAGAACACAAGCUUCGUUGUUUUUGGACAUUAUCAAGUUUCAGUCAUGACCGAACAGGCUAGCGCCAGCUCGGAGGGGAUUGUUGGCCUGGAUGAGCCCAAGAAGAUGACCCGAGAGGACUGGAGGAAGAAGAAGGAGCUGGAGGAGCAGAGGAAGCUGGGAAAUGCUCCAGCUGAGGUGGACGAGGAGGGAAAGGACAUUAACCCUCACAUCCCACAGUACAUUUCAUCAGUGCCAUGGUACAUCGAUCCAUCCAAAAGGCCAACACUAAAGCAUCAGAGACCUCAAAGUGAAAGAGAGAAGCAAUACUCAGCCAUUGGAGAUUGGUACAAGAGAGGAGUGCAAGAGACUGCUGUUGUCACUAAGUACCGUAAAGGAGCUUGUGAAAACUGCGGUGCCAUGACACACAAGAAGAAAGACUGCUUGGAGCGACCCAGAAAAGUUGGGGCGAAGUUCACAGGCACAGGCAUUGCUCCAGAUGAACACUCGCAGAUACAGCUUGAUUUAGACUAUGAUGGCAAACGAGACCGCUGGAACGGAUAUGACCCUGAGGAACACCAGCGCAUCGUGGAAGAAUAUGCUAAAGUAGAUCUGGCUAAAAGAACUCUAAAGGCACAGAAGCUUCAGGAUGAAUUAGCCUCUGGAAAACUCGACCCGACUGAGCGAGAACACAACAGUGAAGAUGAGGAUGAAGAUAAAUAUGCGGACGACAUCGACAUGCCUGGUCAGAACUUUGACUCCAAGCGGCGAAUCACUGUCAGGAAUCUGCGUAUCAGAGAAGACACUGCUAAAUAUUUGAGGAAUUUGGAUCCAAAUUCAGCGUACUACGACCCAAAGACUCGUGCUAUGAGAGAGAACCCAUACUCCAACACUGGCAUGAACCCAGACGAAGUCGGGUAUGCUGGAGACAACUUUGCUCGAUAUACUGGGGACACGAUCACUAUGGCUUCAACUCAACUGUUUGCCUGGGAGGCCUAUGAGAGGGGCUCUGAGGUGCAUCUGCAGGCUGACCCCACUAAGCUGGAGCUGCUCCACAAGUCCUUCAAGGUCAAGAAGGAGGACUUCAAAGAAAAACAGAGAGAAAGCAUUCUGGAGAAGUAUGGAGGUGAAGAGCACUUGAAUGCACCGCCGCGGGAGCUGCUCUUAGCCCAGACAGAGGAUUAUGUUGAGUACUCUCGUCACGGUGCUGUGCUGAAGGGGCUUGAGAAGGCUGUAGCUCGUUCCAAGUAUGAGGAGGAUGUUCUCAUCAACAACCACACAUGUAUUUGGGGCUCCUAUUGGAAAGAUGGCUUCUGGGGUUACAAGUGUUGCCACUCCAUGGUCAAACAAAGUUACUGCACAGGAGAGGUUGGAGUUGGAAUUAGCAACCAAGAUUGUGUCCCGUUUGAGGACGGGCUGGUUGAGCAAGAGGAGGAAGAAGAGCCAAAGUCACUGCUGGAGAUGCACAGAGAAAAGAUGAAAGAGAAGAAGAAGAAAAAGAAGAGCAAAAAGAACAAGAAGCGCAACUCUGACAGCAGUGACUCAGAGGAUGAGGAGAAGAAGAAGGAGAAGCUGAAGAAGGCAUUAGAAGCUGAGGACAAGCGGCUGAAGCACGUAGAGUCCAUUAUGCAGCUGGAUGAGAGAAAGAGACCGUACAACAGCCUGCUGGAAGUCAAGGCGCCCACUGAGGAGGAGAUGGAGGCUUUCCGGAUGAAACGCACUCGGCCAGAUGAUCCCAUGGCCUUAUUCCUGGGACAGUAACCUCUUGGAAAUAUCUGCUGACUUCCUUGAACUCCCCCAAAGGAUUCUACCAGAGCAGCUGCUCAGUUUAAAAAAAGAAGUCACACAGAAUUCAACUCUUGUCAUGUGAAUUAAAGAGAAGCUCUCUUAUAAAAAGGAAAUUUGUACAGCAUUUUUUUGUAUUUUAUUUUGUUUUAAUGCUAAAAAAUUGAUAGACAGUGAUGAUUUGACAUUUUGUUUGUACCAGGUUUUUAAGAGUUAAGAUCCAUCCAUUUUAGAAGUAUAUUGUCAAACAUAAACACUUCUACUGGAAUUAAUGCAUCACUUUUUAUUAUUAAAAUAUGAAGCUGCCAUGACACUGUCAAAA